CCCCCACUCUUCUAUCUAAGCUUCAAGUUCCCUUCUCACAGUAGAGAACCUCAAGCUGAAGCUUCGCCAUUUCUUUCUUUCACUUUCUAUCCUUUCAUAGAACAAUGCAAUCCAUCGCGCCAUCUUCGAGUAUCAGCCUCGGCUCCUUAACCCGCCCGGCUCGCGCCCAUCGGAUCUGCCCCACCCGGUUCGUCGUCGAGUGUGGCUUCAACGCUGCUAACGCGAGUGGGGCGUCGGGUAACGUUAAUUUCUCCGGCGUUGUCGGCGCCGCCAGGGCCGAUUGGCAGAGCUCCUGCGCGAUUUUAGCGAGUAAAGUCGAAUCGCAGCAGCAGGAGAUUGAGAAUGGCGCCGCCGCAGGCGGCGGCGGCGAUAUUGCGGCAGUGAAGGGGAAUAAGGGAUUGGAUCUAGUUCCGAUUGAUACUAGCCUUCCGAAUCCGCUGUCUAUUACGGAUUUCUCGCCGGCGCCGUUGCACGGCGCGAAGCUGCGUGUGGCGUAUCAGGGCGUUCCCGGCGCUUACAGUGAAGCGGCGGCCGGAAAAGCGUAUCCGAAUUGCGAGGCCAUUCCUUGCGAUCAGUUUGAAGUUGCGUUUCAGUCCGUGGAGCUCUGGAUUGCCGACCGAGCGGUUCUCCCGGUGGAGAACUCGCUCGGCGGCUCUAUUCAUCGGAACUACGACCUCCUCCUCCGCCACCGCCUCCACAUCGUCGGCGAGGUCCAGCUCCCCGUCCACCACUGCCUCCUCGCGCUCCCGGGCGUCCGAAAAAACUACCUCACGCGCGUCAUAAGCCACCCGCAGGCACUCGCCCAGUGCGAGCUCACACUCACCAAUCUCGGCCUCACCGUCGCGCGUGAGGCCGUGGACGACACCGCCGGCGCCGCGGAGUACAUCGCCGCCAACAACCUCCGCAACACCGCCGCCAUCGCGUCCGCACGCGCCGCCGAGCUUUACGGGCUCAACGUCCUGGAAGCGGGAAUCCAGGACGAUUCAAGCAACGUAACCCGGUUCGUCAUGCUCGCCCGCGAACCGAUCAUCCCUCGAACCGACCGGCCGUUCAAAACCAGCAUCGUCUUCGCGCACGACGAGGGCACCAGCGUCCUCUUCAAAGUCCUCUCCGCCUUCGCCUUCCGCAACAUCAAUCUCACGAAGAUCGAGUCCCGCCCGCACCGUGACCGUCCGAUCCGCCUCGUCGACGACGCCAGCGUCGGCACCGCCAAGCACUUCGAGUACAUGUUCUACAUCGACUUCGAGGCGUCAAUGGCGGACGUGAGGGCUCAGAACGCGCUGGCUGAAGUUCAGGAAUUCACGUCUUUCCUACGCGUUCUCGGCAGCUAUCCUAUGGACAUGACGCCGUGGUGCCCCUCGCCGGAGACUGAAACAAUUCAUCAUUCCAUUUCUGAAUUUUGAAACAAUAAUGCGGAGAGUACAUUUUGUACAAUGAUAUAACUCCCCACCAAUUUAUUUGGAAUCAAAUAUUUAAUGCAUUAACGAUGAUUUGUCCAUGUCCAUAAUGUAUUGCCCUGAUCCGCCCCAGUGGAUCAGUAUCAGUAUCUUUUGUAUCAGAUAUCACUGAUACAACAUGCAUGAUUGUGUUGAGCUCAAAGUGUUAUCUAAAACACUUGGUUAUAUCGAGCACAAGGUAUUGUGUAGAUGGGCAAAUAGUACUUAAUAUAAACAUAUUCAAGGAUUUA